AUGGAUAUCCAGGAGACGCCAGACGUUGUGCACGUCCUCAUACUUCAGUUAGCCCGCGGAGCAUGGAGUACUCUGGCCCGCCUCUUGCAGCUGGCUUGUCUCACGUUGGACUUCAAACCGCUGCUGGCCCACGAGAUGGCCCGCGCGGGAGCCACUGGCGUGGUGCUUGACAUCUUGUGCCAGGCGCCACGCCACCAUCCGGUUUGGAGGUCGCUGUCCACCGCCGGGGCCGGGCUCCUGGCGGCCUUGGUCCGCUGCGAGGAUGGAACGGAAGCAGCCCAGCCACAGGCCCUGCGGAUGCUGCUGGCGAUGCUCGAGAGCGACCUCACUUGCGGCCCCGCGCGCCAGGCAGUGGCGACCGUGCUGCAUUGUGUGGUGGCGCAGCGCACGGUGCACCGUGACAAGUUGCUGGCUGUCGGUGCGCUGCCUGUCCUAGUACGUGUGCUGGGCCGUUUGGACGUGCUAUGUGACCUGGUCGCCGUACAGGAGGUGCUGUGGACUCUGGUGUACCUCACGGACGAGAGUGCGCUGGCGCUGGCAGGCGGAGGCAGAGGCGGAGACGGCAUGCCUGGCAGUGCCGAGAGCCUGCAACCGGUGCUGGCAGAGCAACUGGUGCCGCUGCUGUUUUUGUACGCCAUGCCGUGGAAUAAGCAGCAUGAGCAUCUGGCGGCCCUUGUCACGAGGGCCCUUCAUGUUCACGUGGCUGGGUACGACAUGGGUAAAGACACCUUGCGCAAUUCAGGCGUGCUGUCGGUGUUGGUGGACACCGUAGGGCGGCACAGCGCGCCGUACAUUACCGCUGCGGAGGCUGCCGCCGCGCACCUACGUGGCCGCCAUGACUACGACAGAGGCGUCACGGCCAUAGCAAUUGCAGGGGCAUCUUGCGUCACGGCGGAACGUGGGAUGCAGCAGACGGGCGCAGCGCAGGGGCCGGCCGCGUUAGCGAGCAGGGGGCACUUGGUACCGGCGGCGAGUCGUGGGUCAUUUGCCGUGGGGUCUUCCCGUCCGCCGCCGCACACGGCCUGCCACAUUCAUGCAGAUGGUGAGAUGCUGCGGAACGGCACGACGGAGAACGGCCCAUACGCUUGUGGCGCGGCCGCCGCGCUUGGGACGUGGACGCCGUGGGAGCGGCUGCUAGCCGUGUUGCUCAUCGUAGGAAUCGCACCGGCGAUGAUGCGUCCGCAGAGGCGGGGUCGUGGCGGCGGUGGCGGCGCGGCUGCUGCAUCGGGACUCACUGCCAACGCUGCCUCUGCCGCUGCCGGGACGGCGCCGGAUGAGGAAAGUGGCGAGCCCUCUACUCCUUCCUCGUUGCGGUCUGAGGGGCCCGGGGAGGACUACGGGGAAACCGAUUCCGCUGCUGACCGCGGCCCAGGAGCUUCAGGGAAGAGGGGCAAGGAGCAAGGCCCCACUGCGAGCGACGGCGUUGCUGCAGCGGUUGAGCAGGUGACUACGGCGGAUGCGUUGCAGCAGUUGGGACUGGAUGAGGAAGAGGAUGACGACGACGACGUGUUUGGCGGCAUUGUACUAGAUCUUGUCGCGGAUUUACCGGCGGCGUUGGAAUUUCAAUCUUCGGCGGCUGCACAGCCCGGCGCCACUCGCACGGAGGCGGCCGUCGCCAACGGCGCGCGCCUUGUAUGCUAUGGUCUGCUGCUGCCUCUUCUCAUCGACGCGGGCGAGGAGGCUGCGGCGGGCGGCGCGGGAUCGGCAGCAGUGGCUGUCGGAGGUGCGCUGCUGCGCCGACGGCUGUGCCCACUUCGCGAGUCUCUUGCGACGCUGAAGACGAUGUUAUGCGACUGUGAGGCGAACCAACUGGCAGCGGCAGAGCAGGGUCUGGCGGUGCUGCUUGUACAGCUGGUGGCACAUGGCGACAUGGGCUUGGCCUGGCAGGCGGCGGAGACGGCAGUGUACCUCAGCGGCGGGGCCACGGGGGCAGUGCUGGUGGCAGCGGGCGCAGCUGAGGAGAUGGCGUACCUGUUGGAGGAGAGCGCGGACAUGCUUCAUAGCUUGACGCUGCGGAAGCAGAUUCAGGUGCAAUGCAGCUCCCUAGCUCACGGCGACCACCAUCACAAUUAUCACAAUCAUCGACACCAUGCGCAACCUGUUAAAGGAGCCCAGCUGCCUCACCCGCGCAAUAACCAGCCUACUAGGACAUCCUCAACGGGUGCCGGCGGGCCAGGGGUGGCGGCAGCGGCCGCUGUCGCGGUGCCGCCGCUGCUGACCGACGUGCAUGUGCGUCCCACUCGCAGCACUGGCGUUCAGUACAGCGGCGGCGCCCGGCCGCAGCGCAUGUACCUUCUCGGUCGCGUCCCGCUGGACUUCACAACAAGCGGCAGCUGCUUCUACGGCACCCACGACGCCAUGUCGUACUGCGACUACUGCACCCCCUCCGCCGCCAUUCAAGUAUUGCUCCGACUGAUUGCCGCCAGGCCGACGGCGGCGCCGCAAGCGGUGGUUGCACAAGAGAACGCGGUCUGCCGCCGGUUUGCUGCUGCUGGCGGUAUGUAUGGCGUGUUGCUGUUGCUGCAUCACGAGGCAGCUGGCGUACACCAUUCAAAGCUGGCAGCUUCGCUGCUGACGCUGUUGGAUCUAGUGUUGAUCCACGUACCAGAGGCGAAGGAUGAGUUGCGUCUAGCUGGUGGACUGGGCGUCCUGAGCACCCUACUGGGCAGCCUCAUGCGGCCGGGAGUCAUGGAUGUGUACCAACUGCGGGUGGCCACAUGCCGGACAUUGCAACUGGCGCUUCGAGGCAACGCCGCCAACAAGCUGGCAGCCCGGGAGCACGGUCUGCUGCCGCUGCUGGUGUCGCUGCUGUCGGUGCUGUGGCAGCAGCGCAAGGCCAGGUCGCGUGAGGUGGUGGUGGACGACAGCGGGCCGUUGACGAUGGCGGUACUGGAGGCGCUUGCUGCAGCAUCGCAUGAAAGUCCUGGCACACAGGCAGGUAUUGGCGGUAACAUGGAUGCUGAACAAGAAGCGCUUGUGGCUCUCGGUGUGCUGCAUCCACUGUGCGACCUGCUUCUGGACGAGGGCCUCGACGUCGAGGUCCGUACAGUUGCCGUACGCACGAUGACAACGAUUGUGGACAAAUGCCAAGCUGGCCAGGGAGGGGUGUUGGCCACAGGUGUCGUGAAGCACGCCGUGGCUUGGCUGGAACACUGCUGUACCGCAGCUGCCGGGGGUGUUACGGCAACUGGUCUUAGAGACGGCUGUGGCAGAAGCCACACGGCGCCACCUAACCUGGCGGAGCUGGCGGAGCAAGCGGCGGCGCUGGCGUCACUGCUUGGGGCGAUGCUGCGGGGGAGCAGCUCGAACGCCAAGCCAGCAAUUGUGUCGGCAGGGGCACUUGGAGUGUUGUUGCAGCUGUUGCGGAGCUCUGCUCUGGCUGCUGGUGGCCUGUCAAGCAGCAGCGGUAGCGACGACGUCAUGGGGUUAGCGGCUGCCGUGCUGGCGACACUGGUUGACGGUGACACGGACCUGCAAAAUGAGCUCGUGGCACAGGGCGGCCUGACGGCGGCGGCGGAUAUCGUACGUGACGGCGGCGCCGCAGCGCCACAGGCCCUGACGCUGCUGUCCGCCAUGCUGCGCUCGAACACGUUUGUGAAGAACAAUGCCCGCCAGGCAGGCGUGCCUGCGACGCUUGUUGAGGCGGUACGGCAUUGCGGCCUCGUGCAGAGGGCUAAUGCCGCCGCCGCUGCGUCGGCUCUGACGGAACUGGCGGCAGGUAAUCAUGCAAACCAGGAAGCAGUGGCGGUUCAGGGUGGCCUGGAGGUGACGGUCGACCUGCUGCGCGACGCGUUCGCGGCCCUGCCAAUGACGGUGUUUGCCGGCGGCGCAGCUGCAGCCGCCGGAGCCGCAACGGCAGCUGCCGAAAUGGCCGGAGCAGAAGUGGACGUCGACACGGGCGAUGGCUUGGCCUACGCCUCCGGCAGCAGCACCAGCGCGACAGGUCCUGAGAUGGACUCCAGCUCCAAGGCAGCGGCCGCUGCUGUAGCAAUGACGGCCAUGCCUUACACGGCGGUUCAGGCGGCUCAGGACACCGCAAGUGUAACGUCGCUGUCACGGCUGAUGCGCGCUCUGCUGGGGCUUGUGUGCGCCUGUGUCGAGCUCAAUGGCGGCAACAAGUCCUAUAUUAGGGAGCUUGGCGGCGUGUCCUUUUUAGGGGAGUUUCUGGUGGCAACUGCAGAGGUGUUGACGGCGCCGCCUCCCCCUAGUUGGGCGCCGUACAGCCCUCACCAACACGACCAAUGUCAGAGUGGCCGUUGGGACCAGCGUAGCUGCCGCUCCUCAGCGGAUGGGCACGGGGAGCGGGCCGGAGGGGAAACGGCAGUCGUAGCGGUGGCCGCGCGGUUACGAGAUGCCGCGGCGUCGUCACGAGCAGCGCUGUCUCCCGCCGUGGCAGCGGCUUGCAGUGCGCUUGUAGCGGUGACGAGGGAGAGCAGCGCCAACCUAGCCAGGCUGGAGGAACACUCCGGGUUGGCAGUUGCGCUGUUCAAGCUGCUGGUCGCGACAGACGCGGCGACCUCCCUUGCAGCCGCGCUCGCGAUAGAGUGGCUUGUGGUGCGCAGUAAUACCUUUUUGGAUGCCCCCGGUCGGGAGGCAUUCGAGCUGAACCUCGUUGACGUGUUGUCGCUAGCAUUGUACGUGCCGUAUGCCCCGCUACCGCUGGUGCUGCCGUCAGCACCCCCAACGGACAACGCCACGGCCUACGCGGCAUGGCAAAAGCAGCAACAACGGCUGCGGCAGGAGCCUUGGUUCAUUGUAGUGCGGGCGUUGAUGCCGGCGGAUGGCCUGACGGCGGCGGCGGUCCGCGACGCUGCUGCUGUACUAACGGCCGUGGCGGAUGCCGCUGACGCGUUGGUUGGGUCGCUGCCGAAGCGACAGCCUCAGCCGCAGCAGCAGCAGGCAACGAGCGCUGCAGCAGUUGGGAAGCAGGGCCUCAUGGCUACAUCUCGCGGUUCACUGCCACCGCUGGAGACGGUCCCCAUCGACCCGGUCGCAUCAGAUCACAACAGCGGUCUCAUGGUCAGCAACCUGCUGGCCGGGCCGUCUGCGUUUGCAGCCGCCGCUGGCGUCGUCGCUGCCGAUGCCGCAGCCGCUAUCUCCGACACGCCUGGCAGCCAGGCCUGGUGGGCAAAGCUCGCUGGCUGGGCGGCCGCCGCCUUUCAACGCGUUGCCAACGGCGUGCUGCAGGGUGCGCCCACUGCCACCGUAGGCGGAGCGGCGGUAGCGAUAGCAGCGCCAAGCACUACAGGCGCGUCGCCGGCGGCGCAGGAUCGGCGGCGUCAGGUGGCCUGGAUGUUGUUCCUCCUCGCCGUCAGAGCCCCGGGCAACAGGGCGCGGAUGCGGUGGCUUGUGCGCGCAUCACUGUCCCCGCUGGCGCAGCAAUUGAACAACGCCGAAAUGUGUAGGGCUCAACUAGAGGCUGCCGCAGCUUCACCUCCAGAUCCUACGUCUGUGCCUCGAUCUGGAUCCGGAGUUAGACAAGGGACAGGAUUCACAGCAGCCGCCGUGGAGUUUGGACGCGCUUCGUCUGCCGCACUGGAGAGCGCCAGCUCGGUCAAGGGCCGGCUGCCCAUUAGCACGGCAGCCCUGGAGGAACUCAGUGAUGGUGUUCGGCGGCCACCUUCACCCUUGGGAAGCCGCCAUCACCACCCGGCGUGCAUCGUGGCGGAGCCGCCCAUGCCGCCGCCGCCGCCACCGCCGCCUCCUCCGCCAGCGUCGCAGGGGCUGGCUGGGCCGCCACGGCCACCCAGCCGGCCUACAUCGUCAUCUUCGGCUUCUGGAGCCGCACACGGCAUCAGUGCAAAAAGCACCCCACGUGCAAGCCUGACAGGGGCUGUCGCGGCGGCCUUCGCGUCGCCGAUGCCUUACCUGGGUGGUAUGACAGCCGGACGAGGCUCUCGCGGCGCCAGCCCCAGCUCGAUCCGUCCUGGAGGGGUUGGUGCGCCGUUUGCAACAGCUGCCGCCAUGGCAACGCCCCCGCCAGGGCAGCGGUCGCUACGUCCCCAGGUCAGCGGUGGCGGCAGCAGCGUUAUGAGCGACGAUGACGAGCUGGCCAUGAUCCAACAGGAGGUGGCCCUCCUGGCGAAUACAACCAGCUCGCUGACGUGGAGCGCCAGGAUGGCCGGCAACCGGUCUGGCGGAACCGGGGGGAAUAGCCCUGCGGCCGCGGCGGCCUCUCCAGUGCGCUGGGGUAUGGGCUCGGCGGUGCGGCGAUGA